UACUUCUUUCUUUCCCUUCUUUACCCCUUCUGUGUUAUCUUCAUUCCAUCGUUACUUGUCUUUUUUUGUGUAAUAUAAGCAUCUAAAGUAUAAUUUCUGUCAUUAUCCUUACUAUAUGUCAUAUUCAAUACAACAACCUGACAGCUCUAUCAACUUAUUUGCCCCACCUGUUCCAACAUCAAUACAUACAUACAUACCUACAAAGGAUGAUCAGGCAAAACAAAAGGCAGAUAAUGUCGUUCACAUUACUAUAACCGAAUCAGGAACGAUUGUCUAUACUCAUACAGCUACCUCUUAUUCAUAUAUCCCAACUUAUUCAACAGUCAGUACAAUACCAAACAAUGAUCCCACUUCGUCUUCGAAAAAACCAAAUAACAAUAGUAAUACAAAUACGGGUGCCAUCAUUGGUGGGGCCGUGGGCGGUGGUGUUGCUUUGAUUGCUUUAGUUGUAUUGUUAUUCCUGUUGCUAUGUCGACGUCGACGUCGCCACAGUCACUUGUAUGGAAAAGCAUAUGCGAUAGAUAAUGAAUCAAAUAUAAAAUACUCUUGUGCUGAGCCAAAUGUCUCUGGCAGUGCAAAUCCCUUAAAUAACGGACUAGUUCCGCGACAGUUAAUUGCACCUUUGCAAGGAGUAGCUGAUGAACCAAAUACAAGGGAGUCAAAGUAUGUUGGAAAUGGAUUUUAUGAAGAUACAGUUGAUCCGAGCUAUAACAACUUGUAUACCAAGCCGUACUUUGCACUUAAUAAUACUACAGACAGCAUGAAUUCUGAUUCCUCUCCGUCUACGACAGUUGAAGGCAAUACAAUACCUCCAUCAUAUGAUAUCAGCCGUCAUGUACCAAAUGAGAUAGAUCCUAUUCUUGACCAUCCAUCACAAGAAAGGCAUGUUCCUCAUCUUAAAGAUUAAAGUAAAAGAGAGAGAAAGAAAGAAAAUAGAGAGCAUGAAGUAUAUCUUCAAAUAAGUCAUGUAUAUAGUAUCAUAAUAAAACAGAUAACUUUAUUAAACGUCGU